ACCGCGCACACACACACACACACGCCGAGGCGAUGCAGCUUUAAAGGGGCCAGCUGCAGCCCGGGGACCGGCCCACGGGAGGCCGGUGAGCUCCCUCCGACCGCAGCCCCGAGCGCUGCCGCCGCGGCCGGGAGACUCCAAGCGCUGGGGCUGGGCGGGCGGGCCGAGCCGAGCCCAGCGGCUGCCAGCCCGCCUCACGCCAAGUUUGAUCGAUAACCCUUUCCCGGCCCGGGCGGAGCAGCCUCGUCGGCUCCGCUACCCACCAUCUUUGGGGGAAGUCCCUGCGCUGGGGGGGGCUGCUGGAGACGGGGGGAGAAAGGCAACCUCCCAGCCAAUGAGCCCUCCCAGGCUGGGGUGAAGACAGGAGGAGAAGGAUUUGGCGAAGGAAAAAAAAAAAAAAAAGAAGAAGAAGCAGGGAAGAAAGGAGGGGGACCAUCCUCCCCACUACCUCCGCCAGCAUCCGAGUCUCCAGUUGCGCCCAUGCCUGUGCCGCCAGUUUCGUUGUAGGGGCUGAACCGCAGGGACUGAAGAAAAUGGGGCAGAGCGCACCCCGGACCCUCCUGCUGCUGCUGGCGGGGCUGCUGGGGGAGGCUCUGGCAGGGUUCCCCAACACCAUCAGUAUAGGUGGACUUUUCAUGAGGAACACUGUUCAGGAGCACAGUGCAUUUCGAUUUGCUGUGCAGUUAUACAACACAAACCAAAAUACCACAGAAAAGCCCUUCCAUUUGAACUAUCACGUAGAUCACUUGGACUCUUCCAACAGUUUUUCAGUGACAAAUGCUUUCUGUUCACAGUUUUCCAGAGGAGUUUAUGCCAUCUUUGGAUUCUACGACCAGAUGUCAAUGAACACACUGACAUCAUUUUGUGGAGCGCUUCACACAUCCUUCGUCACACCCAGCUUCCCCACAGAUGCAGAUGUGCAGUUUGUCAUCCAGAUGCGGCCAGCAUUAAAAGGAGCCAUCUUGAGUCUCUUGACUCAUUAUAAGUGGGAAAAGUUUGUGUACCUCUAUGACACAGAACGGGGAUUUUCCAUUCUUCAGGCCAUUAUGGAAGCAGCAGUACAGAACAACUGGCAAGUGACAGCCAGAUCUGUAGGAAGUAUAAAGGAUGUUCAAGAGUUCAGAAGAAUUAUAGAGGAGAUGGACAGGCGGCAAGAAAAAAGAUACUUAAUUGACUGUGAAGUGGACAGAAUCAACACCAUUUUGGAACAGGUUGUAAUCCUCGGCAAACAUUCUAGAGGCUAUCACUACAUGUUAGCUAACCUGGGUUUCACAGACAUUGUUCUGGAGAGAGUAAUGCAUGGAGGUGCCAAUGUUACUGGAUUCCAGAUUGUUAAUAAUGAAAACCCAAUGGUUCAACAGUUUCUACAACGCUGGGUGAGACUCGAUGAAAGGGAAUUCCCUGAAGCCAAAAACUCACCAUUGAAGUAUACGUCUGCACUGACCCACGAUGCAGUCCUAGUCAUAGCAGAGGCUUUCCGUUACCUCCGAAGACAGCGUGUGGAUGUCUCCAGGAGAGGUAGUGCUGGAGACUGCCUGGCUAACCCUGCAGUGCCAUGGAGCCAAGGAAUUGAUAUAGAAAGAGCGCUGAAAAUGGUGCAAGUUCAAGGAAUGACAGGGAACAUCCAGUUUGACACCUAUGGGCGGAGAACAAAUUACACAAUUGAUGUGUAUGAAAUGAAAGCCGCUGGAUCACGGAAGGCUGGUUAUUGGAACGAAUAUGAAAGAUUUGUGCCAGCAUUAGAUCAGCUGCCCUCUAAUGACACUUCAUCUGUGGAGAACAGAACUAUAGUAGUCACUACCAUCUUGGAAUCACCAUAUGUAAUGUAUAAGAAAAACCAUGAACAACUAGAAGGGAAUGAGAGAUAUGAAGGAUAUUGUGUAGACUUAGCUUCUGAAAUAGCAAAACAUGUUGGAAUAAAAUACAAACUGUCAAUUGUUGGAGAUGGGAAAUAUGGAGCUAGGGACCCUGAGACUAAGAUAUGGAAUGGCAUGGUGGGUGAACUGGUCUAUGGGAGAGCAGAUAUAGCUGUUGCCCCCCUCACUAUAACAUUGGUGCGAGAAGAAGUCAUAGACUUUUCCAAACCCUUUAUGAGCCUGGGCAUCUCCAUCAUGAUCAAGAAGCCUCAGAAAUCUAAACCAGGCGUAUUCUCUUUCCUGGAUCCUUUGGCUUAUGAAAUUUGGAUGUGUAUAGUCUUUGCUUACAUUGGCGUCAGCGUAGUUCUUUUCCUAGUCAGCAGAUUCAGCCCUUACGAAUGGCACUUGGAAGACAGCAGUGAAGAACCACGUGACCCUCAGAAUCCUCCUGAUCCUCCAAAUGAGUUUGGAAUAUUUAACAGCCUUUGGUUUUCCCUGGGUGCCUUUAUGCAGCAAGGAUGCGAUAUUUCUCCAAGAUCUCUCUCAGGGCGAAUUGUCGGAGGAGUCUGGUGGUUCUUCACUCUCAUCAUUAUCUCUUCCUACACUGCUAAUCUUGCUGCCUUCCUUACGGUGGAAAGGAUGGUUUCUCCCAUAGAGAGUGCAGAGGACCUGGCUAAACAAACUGAAAUAGCCUAUGGCACUCUGGAUUCAGGCUCAACCAAAGAAUUCUUCAGAAGGUCAAAAAUAGCCGUCUACGAGAAAAUGUGGUCAUACAUGAAGUCGGCCGAGCCCUCGGUGUUCACCAAAACGACGGCAGACGGGGUGGCCAGGGUGCGGAAGUCGAAGGGGAAGUUUGCCUUCCUGCUGGAGUCGACGAUGAACGAGUACAUCGAGCAGCGCAAGCCCUGCGACACCAUGAAAGUGGGCGGCAACCUGGAUUCCAAGGGCUAUGGUGUAGCAACCCCCAAAGGCUCAGCAUUAAGAACUCCUGUAAACCUUGCAGUAUUGAAACUCAGUGAACAAGGCAUCUUAGACAAGCUGAAAAACAAAUGGUGGUACGAUAAGGGUGAAUGUGGAGCCAAGGACUCCGGAAGUAAGGACAAGACGAGCGCUCUGAGCCUGAGCAAUGUUGCCGGGGUUUUCUAUAUCCUUGUGGGAGGCCUGGGGCUGGCCAUGAUGGUGGCCCUGAUCGAGUUCUGCUACAAGUCUCGGGCCGAGUCCAAGCGAAUGAAACUCACCAAGAACACGCAGAACUUCAAACCCGCUCCCGCCACCAACACCCAGAAUUACGCUACCUACAGAGAAGGCUACAACGUGUACGGCACAGAAAGUGUGAAAAUCUAGGGAUCCUCACCCUGACAGCACGCAAGAGGAGAAGCAGCAGAGAAUGUGGCUACUUCACGGAUUCGGACCACCUGAGCCAGUCGUACUCUCUCCGAGGUGUCAGGCAUGACACGCAUUGAUGAUGGUGCAAUGUACUUUUAAUAGGAAAAACUGAUAUUUUUUCCUUCAGUGCCUUAUGGAAGACUCUGAGAUUCACAACAAUGCAAACCAUCACCGAAAUAUUCUUGCUUUGCUUGAAAGAAGAAAAAGUAAAAGUAAAACAAAAGAAG